UAGGGAGCUAUCAGACUGCUUUAUCGGAGAAGGAAGACAGAGGCCAGCAUGCUCAGCCUUCCUCUGCUGCUGCUGCUACUCUGGGGCAUGGGCUCUCACAGCUUCCCAACAGUGCCUUCAGAAACACGAGAAGAAGAUGUGGAGAUGGUCCAGAAAUACCUGGAAAACUACUACAACCUGAAGAGUGAUGGAGAGCAAAUUGAAAAGCAGAGACACAGGAGCCCAGUCGUUGAAAAGCUGAAGCAAAUGCAGGAAUUCUUUGGGCUGAAAGUGACUGGGAAGCCAGAUGCUGAAACCCUGAAUGUGAUGAAGCAGCCCAGAUGCGGGGUGCCUGAUGUGGCUGAGUUUGUCCUCACCGAAGGGAACCCUCGGUGGGAGAACACACACCUGACCUACAGGAUUGAAAAUUACACACCAGAUUUACCAAGAGCAGAUGUGGACCAGGCCAUUGAGAAAGCCUUUCAACUCUGGAGUAAUGUCUCACCCCUGACCUUCACUAAAGUCUCUGAGGGUCAAGCGGACAUAAUGAUAUCCUUUGUCAGGGGAGAUCAUCGUGACAAUUCUCCCUUUGAUGGACCUGGAGGAAACCUCGCCCAUGCUUUUCAGCCAGGCCCACGUAUUGGAGGGGAUGCUCAUUUUGAUGAAGAUGAAACAUGGACCAGCAAUUUCAGAAAUUACAACUUGUAUCGAGUUGCAGCUCAUGAAUUUGGCCAUUCCCUUGGACUCUCUCAUUCUACUGAUAUUGGGGCUUUGAUGUACCCCAACUACUUCUUCACUGGUGAUGUUCAGCUAUCUCAGGAUGACAUCAAUGGCAUCCAGGCCAUCUAUGGACCUUCCCAAAAUCCCAUCCAGCCAAUUGGCCCACAAACCCCAGAAGUGUGUGAUAGUAAGCUAACCUUUGAUGCUAUAACUACGAUUCGGGGAGAAGUGAUGUUCUUUAAAGACAGGUUCUACAUGCGCAUAAAUCCUUUCUACCCAGAAGUUGAGCUCAAUUUCAUUUCUAUUUUCUGGCCACAACUGCCAAAUGGACUUCAAGCUGCUUAUGAGGUUUCCCAUAGAGAUGAAGUCCGGUUUUUCAAAGGUAAUAAGUACUGGGCUGUUAAGGGGCAGGAUGUGCUCUACGGAUACCCCAAGGACAUCCACAGAUCCUUCGGCUUUCCUAGCACUGUGAAGAAUAUCGAUGCUGCUGUUUCUGAGGAAGAUACUGGGAAAACGUACUUCUUUGUUGCUGACAAGUACUGGAGGUACGAUGAAUAUAAACGAUCUAUGGAUGCAGGUUAUCCCAAAAUGAUAGCAGAUGACUUUCCUGGAAUUGGCGACAAAGUUGAUGCUGUUUUUCAGAAAGAUGGAUUCUUCUAUUUCUUUCACGGAACAAGGCAAUACAAAUUUGAUCCUAAAACUAAGAGAAUUUUGACUCUCCAGAAAGCCAAUAGCUGGUUCAACUGCAGAAAAAAUUGACCGUUACAAAGUUGAACAGAAAAAUAUAUUUUGAGAACCCAAGGAAGAUGUUUUCCUGAAGAGCCAUACAUUUAAAUAAAAUACAGAGCUGUUACGUAUAAUCUUAUUUAUAUCCCAUUCUGCAAAUAUUUUUUACAAUUUAGAAUGCAAUGUUUCAUGUACUGCUAUAAUUUACUUCCACCAAUGAGGGUGAAGGAAGGUCAAGUUCCGAUUUAUGGAUUCAUAUGGGCCAAUUUUGCAAAGAGAGAAGCUCUUUUCCAAAGUAGAAGACUCUGACAUUGAUACUGGAGAGCAGCCUCAGAGAUGGAGAGAAAGAAACAAGAGAUACGAGUCUUCACCAGAGGAAAAGCAGCUCAAGAACAUCUGAGCUGCUACUAGUAUUAUCCUAACAUGCAAGGGAUAAUUUUUGUUACGGAAAAUAAAAUCUUUUAUGUUUGGAAUAAA